CGUCGUUUGAUAUAUACCAAUUCCCACGACUUAAGUCAGAAUUAGGGUUCUAGAUAAAGCACCCAAAGCUUCUCAUUUUCUCCGCCGAACCAAACCCUAGCAGAGCAACACAUCUACAUCCUCUUACAGAGAUGGCGAAGUCGAAGAACCACACGGCUCACAACCAGUCUUACAAGGCUCACAAGAACGGCAUCAAGAAGCCCCGCAAGCACCGCCAUGCCUCCACGAAAGGGAUGGAUCCAAAGUUCUUGAGGAACCAAAGGUACGCGAGAAAGCAUAACAAGAAGAGUGCCGACUCCGCCACCGAGGAGGAGUAGAAGACUAGACAGACAGACAGACAUUUUGUUUGAGAUCUAUGAUUUCAUUUCCUUCAUGUUUACUUUAAUAUUCAGUAGUAUAGUGCUUUGAUGCUACUGUAAUGGGUUUUGUUUGAAUUCCUAGUAGGGGCGGCACUUCCGAGCCUUUUUACUGAUGAUUGUUAAGGAUAUGCUUACGUUCUGAAUUGUUGUUAUUAUCAUUAUUAAUCAUUUAGUUGGAUGGAGCCUAUGGUCUUUGUGCUUUA